AUGAGUGCGACGAAUGAUCGAUCACCGGAUACAGAUGAAAUGCUACACAGCACACGCAUCGUUUUCCAGCUCAAGCUACUAGGUGGCAGACACGUCCGCUCGCUUCCCCGUGGUGCUCAACGGCGACGACUAACUAACAAGCACCGGCCGCGGCCGGGGAGGCGGGCCGGAACCGCCCGCGGCGAUAUGUUGGAGCUGUCUGUGAAGCGGGUGGCGCGGCUGGCGAUGGCGAUCACCGGGCGGCUGGAGAAGGCCGGAAUGGUGCUACUCCUCACCGUGAUGGCGGCCUCCGCCGUCGCCGCCGUGCUGUUGCUGCUCGCCUGCCCCGCGUCGCCCCGCUGCUCGGUGGCCUUCGGGUCCGCCCUGUCCGCGCCUAAGAAGCUCUGGGGUUUUGGCUUCUCCGUCGCGCCAGAGUCGUCGGCGUUGGAUUCCGGCGAGUGCGACAUCUUCGACGGAGAGUGGGUGUGGGACGACAGCUACCCGCUCUACGAGUCCAGGGACUGCCCGUUCGUGGACACCGCGUUCCGUUGCUCGGAGAACGGCCGCCAGGACACGUCCUACGCUAAAUGGCGGUGGCAGCCGUCGCACUGCGAUCUUCCCAGAUUUGAUGCUAAAAGUAUGCUCGAGAGGUUACGAAACAAAAGAGUGGUAUUCGCUGGUGAUUCAAUUGGCAGGAACCAAUGGGAAUCCCUGCUUUGUAUGCUCGCUACUGGUGUUUCAAAUAAGAGCUCUAUCUACGAAAUUAAUGGCAAUCCCAUCACAAAGCACAAGGGUUUCUUGAUAUUCAAGUUUACAGACUACAAUUGCACUGUGGAGUAUUACAGAUCUCCUUUUCUAGUCCCUCAAGGUCAUGCACCAGCUGGAACCCCCAUUAUUCUUAAUAGUACAAUCAGGGUGGAUGUCAUGGAUUGGAUGUCGGAGUAUAACCGGGGUAAGUGGAGUGACGCUGAUCUCUUAAUCUUCAACUCGGGGCAUUGGUGGUUAUACGGUAAAACAAUCGGAAGCGGUAACUAUUUUCAAGAAGGGGAUGAGGUGAAGAUGAACAUGACUGUCAGUGAUGCUUACAUAAGGUCAAUACAGACACUGUCCGACUGGCUUCACAGAGAAAUUAACACGAGCAAGACGCAUGCCAUUUUCCGUACAUAUUCUCCCACGCACUUCAGGUUUGAUUUUUCCCAGGAGCGGUACUACCGCCCGAGGUACUGGUUAAGUACCAAAAAGCGGUACUGCCGCUCUUGCGACCGGUACUACCGCAUCCGUCUUUGA